AUGAACCGUCUGAUCCAAUACGGAAACACUGAUUCCAUUCCAUUUUACAAUUGCUCUUGGAAACCUCAAUCAGAAUGGUGGUCAAAUGGAGUUCAACGUCCGUGGCUUGGAUACCCAAUUACAGUUUUUGGAAUAUUUAUAGAAUUACUGUAUAUUCCAAUUAUCAACAUAAUUUUCAAGACGAAACUGAUAAAACACACGUGCUACAAGAUUAUUGUUUUGCUGGCAGUGACUGAUAUGUGUGCAACAGCGUGCAGUUGCAUAAUAACUGGAAUUCUUCUGAUCCAGGGUGCAGUUUUCUGUGUCUAUCCAACAUUUAUUUAUAUAACCGGAGGAAUCGCUCUUUGUAAUUGGUGUGGAGCAUGUGCAAUUACAGUUUCCCUGUUUUUGAAUCGAAUUGUUAGCAUUGGAUUGAGAGAGUAUGCGGAUAAAAUUGAAAAGCCUAUGGCCUACAUUUCAAUGGUUUUCUGUGUAAUUUACAUGUUCUACAUUAGUUUUUUCACCACUCCCGCAUGUUUCAACUCAUUGAUUAUGGCAUGGCCAUCUGAUCCAUUGUCAGAAAAGGAGCCAAGUGAAGAGGCAACUAAUUAUUAUCGAAAUGCGUCUCAAGCCUGGAAUAACUGGAUUUUCAUCACUUGUAUGGUUGUUCUAUUCACUUUGUAUUACGCAUUGGUUAAGAAAUUGGCAAGAGGACAGAGUUCGAAAGCUUCAAGAGCGAUUUUCAUUCAAUGCUGUAUCAUAUGCUUCUUCAACUCGUGCACUGCAAUUUUCUACAAUUCUCUGGCAUUCAUAACUCCUUCUCCAGCAAUUCUAGUUUUUGGUCAAUUGUGUUGGUCUAUUAAUCAUGGAUGUCCUGCUCUUAUCUACGUCACAAUGAAUGAAACGAUCCGGCGGGAAUUCAAAAAAUUGAUUUUCCGAGUUGCAACGAGCAAAGUGGAAGAGGGGACCUCCAGUGCUAAUGUGAAGACAAUUACUCAAUCAAGAAUUUGA